AUGGAUCGCCGGUCAACCAAGCAAAAGGCGAACGGACUUCAUCGCCAGCGGGAGAAGAAGUUGGCUGGCGGUGAUGAGCGGCCGGAGCCUGCGGUGGGCGUGGAGGCGAUCCCGGAUGCCGUGCUGGCGGACAUCUUCGAGCUGCUGCCGUUUGAAGAGAGGCGAGACACUGUGCCACUGGUGUGCAAGUGGUGGAGCCGGCUGACAGUCUCGGAACCCCACAUCUGGAAACACUGCAGAUGGGAUGGCCAAGAGCGGCGGGAGGAUGAUGAUAAUAGUGGCGAGAUGUCUGGAACCAUCGAUUGGCCAAGGGUUGUGGAAUGGUUCAUAGCCCGUGCCGAGGGGGUGCAAACCCUGCAGGUUUCUAAUUUUGAAUUCCGGUUCAGCCCGGAGGUGCCAACAUUCUCAGUGCUGCUGGCGCUGCUGUGCCCAUCGCUGCGCGAGCUGAGAUUGGUGCGGUGCAAAAUGGGAAGGGACUCCUGGAUGGGCCUGCUGUGCCUGCAGGGACUAAGACGCCUGGACCUGCUGCUCAACGACCGGCUGAUGUCAUGGCGGUCGAUCUCACACCUGUCGAGGCUGACUAAUCUGGAUGCAUUACACAUCGAAUAUGUAAACAGAACGUUCGAGUAUGAGAGCGACAUUCCUGGCCCCAUAACUGUCCCUUUUGCACAGAAACUCACGACACUCAGAUUGAAGAAUUUCGGAGAUCUUAAGGCCAUUGUCCCAUCCUGGUGUUUUGAAAAAUGGCGGGGAAUGGAAAUGCUGGAUCUGUGUGGCACCGAGGUGAUGUCGUUGACUGAGUCAAUAUCAGUGUUGACCAACCUCGCGGAGCUGCAUGUCUGGACUCAGUCCAAGCUUCCCACCGAAAUUAGUCGCCUCACUAACCUGAGGAUGCUAAGUACUAGGGACACGCCGUCCCUUGGGGCCUUGUGUGGCAUGAGCCGGCUGCGGGAGCUGGAGUUCAAUCUGAACCGGGCGUUUGAGAGCGUGGAGGAUCUGCAGGUCAUGAGCGGACUGGCCAUGCUCACCAGCCUGAAAUUCAAAUGGCCGGGCGGAUAUUUUCCCCAGGAGCUCACCGGCCUCAGCGCGUUACGCUACCUGGACCUGUCGGAUGACUCAUUGUCCGACCUGCCCUCCGGACCAUAUUUAGACAACCUCACGGAGCUGGACUUGAGCUGGAACGGAUUUAGCCAGGUGCCGGGCGUGCUGUGGCGGGCCAGCAACCUGGUGCGCCUGAGUCUGGCGUACAACGACGAGUUGGAGCUGGGGGAGCUUGCCGUGGAUGCCAUCCUGGAGAUGGAGGACUUGCUGUUUCUGGACAUCAGGUUCCUCGAGGACAAACAGUGGACGCAGGCGUCCUUUCGAAAUUUGGUGAGGCUGAUGGAGGAGAAGAACGACUGGCUCAUUGUGUCCGCGGACAGGACCGAAAGCAUCGACGAAGAUGAAGACUUUUGA